AUGACCCUCUGGGACCGUGAGAAGCUGAAGGAGGACAUGACAGAGAGGCCGCAGCCCAACAGUGAGUUUGAGAUCGUGGCGUCUGAAUCCAUCUCAGACAAGUCCUCGUCUCUGGGAGUGGACGCUGCUCUGAAGGCCAGUUUCUUAGGUGGACUUAUCAAGGUUGACGGCUCGGCCAAAUAUCUGAAGGACACGCGGACAUCCAAACAGCAGGCGCGAGUCACUCUGAAGUACAAAACUACCACACGCUUCAGAGAGCUGACCAUGAACCAGCUGGGCAGAGGAAACAUCAAGCAUCCGUACGUCUUUGAGAAAGGUCUGGCCACACAUGUGGUCACUGCCAUUCUGUACGGAGCCCAGGCCUUCUUUGUGUUUGACCGAGAACUGUCAGACUCUGAAAACAUCCAAGACAUUCAAGGAAAGCUCCAGGUGGUGAUCAAAAAGAUCCCCUGCAUCUCCAUUGAGGGAGAAGGAGCUCUCAAAAUGGAGGACAAGGACAGAGAAAAAGUCAACAAGUUUUCCUGCAAAUUCCACGGAGACUUUAAUCUGCCUCAGAGCCCAAUGACGUUUGAAGACGCAGUGAAAGUUUACAAGGACCUGCCCAAACUUCUGGGUCCAGAUGGAGAAAAGGCUGUGCCGGUGACUGUGUGGCUGCUACCGCUCACCGAACUUGACUCUACUGCGGCUCAGCUGGUGAGGCAGAUCAGCGUGGGGCUGGUGUUUGAGGUAGAGAAGACCCUGGAGCAUCUGGCCGACCUGGACAUGAGGUGUCAGGAUGUUUUAAAGAGCGCAGGGCUACAGCAGUUUCCUCAGAUAUUCACAAAGAUCAGAACCUUCAUGAGUUUGUGUUCACAGUUUAACCUGGGACUCCAGGGUGUUCUGGCUCAGAAACUCCCAGCAAUCCGUGGAGGAGGAGAGGACGAAGCUGAACUCGCUGAGAUUCUGAAGAAAAGAGCUGCUUCUCCAUUCAGCUAUGACUGUCUGAACCAGUGGGUCACCAGCAAAGUCAGAGAGAUCCACCUCAUCAAAACAUUCACUAAUAUGAUGAAGCACACAGAAGUCCUCUCCUCUCAGGAGGAGGUGGAUGCCACGACCCACAACAUAAAGUAUGCAGUUUGCUUUGUUUUCACCUCACUGGAAACUGAAGAAGAAUAUCUCUCUGCUUUAGAUCAGUACUUAAAGGGUGCCAGCUUGGAUCAGAACAGCUCUCGACCCAAAGACCUGGAGAGGCAGCAGUGGUACAGCAACAAAGACGUGCGAGAGGCCGUCAGGACCAAGGUGAAGCUCUUUGCAGACUUUGCAGAAGCCAACAAAGACAACAAGGACGUGAAGUUUAUGGCAGUGGCUUUUAAAGAUGAAACUCAGAAAGGAUCAACAAUCUACACAUAUGAAGAUGGAUUUGAAGCCAGUGAUGACUUUGUGCCUCCUUCAAAGCCUGAGGUUAAAGUGGAUGUUGUGACACAUAACAGUGUGACUCUUCGUGUUAGCGCCCCCACAUGGGGAGCAGAGGCAGUGACAGGCUACAGGCUGGAGUACAGAGAGAAGGAAGAGUCCAGUGCAAACGGAGAGUGGCAGCAGCAGUCAGUGAGAAACACCGGCUUAACCACAGUCACUGAACUGAACCCAGAAACAGAGUACACAUUCAUACUAAGGGCCCUCACUGAGAUGGGACAGGGGCCCAUGAACGUACUCACCGACAAAACUUGUCCUGCACCAGAGGGCCCCAGACGCCUCGCAGAUGAGGUGAGGAAAACGUGUAACGUCAUAGAGACCAAAGGAUCUCUGGAGAUCCUGAAGGUUCCACUGCAGAAAGAUGAAAUGAACAUUCCUGGCUGUGCACGGUUCAACUUUGGCUCUGAGGUUCAAGGAAAGAAAACCUGCACCAUAAUGGUGAUGGGAGACACUGGAGCUGGUAAAUCCACCCUCAUCAACGGCAUGAUCAACUACAUCCUGGGCGUGCAGUGGACGGACAAAUACAGGUUCAAACUGGUGGUGGAAGAAGAAAAGUGUCAGAGUCACAGUCAGACAUCAGAGGUGACCGUUUACAGAAUCAACUUUGACGAAGGCUUUAUGAUCGACUACUCUCUGAACAUCAUCGAUACUCCAGGCUUUGGAGACACUCGCGGCAUCAAAAGAGACCAUGAAACCACUGAGCAGAUCCGGAACCUCUUCUCCGACAGCCAUGGGGUGGAUGUCCUUCACACAGUGUGCUUCGUCGCUCAGUCUGCUCUUGCUCGCCUCAGUGCCACACAGCGUUACGUGUUUGAUUCUGUCCUCUCCAUCUUUGGGAAGGACGUGGCUGAAAACCUCAGGGUUCUGGUGACUUUUGCAGAUGGACAACUGCCUCCAGUUCUAGAGGCCAUCACAGCUGCAGAAGUCCCAUGCCCCAAAGAUGAUGACGGAAAACCUGCUCACUAUAAAUUCAACAAUUCUGCACUUUUUGCUGAAAACCAAAGUUCUGUGGUUGGUUUUGAUGAGAUGUUCUGGAACAUGGGGAAAGCAAGCAUGAGAAGCUUCUUUAAUGCACUUAAUAAGACUGAACCUCAGAGUUUGACUCUGACUAAAGAGGUUCUGAGAGAAAGAAAACAACUUGAAGACACUGUGGAAGAUCUACAGAGUAAAAUAAAUGAAGGGUUAGCACAGCAAGACGAGAUUCUGCAAAUCCAAGAACAAAUCAAGAAGCAUGAGGCUGAGAUCGAGAGGAACAAAGAUUUUGAGGUUACCAUUAAAGUAAUCAAGCCAGUUCAGGAGAGCAUCGCAGGUACAGGAAACUUCAUCACCAACUGCUCCAAAUGUCACGAGACCUGUCAUUACCCUUGUGGCAUCGGUGGUGAUUCAGCAAAAAGAGGUUGUGUUGCAAUGAACAUGUUUGGAUACUGCACAAAGUGUCCUGGUAAAUGCUUCUGGAGUGAUCAUUACAACCAGAAGUACAGAUGGGAGUACAAAGAAGUCACUGAGACAACAACUGCAGAGGAGUUAAAGGAAAGAUUUCUAAAAGGGACAAAGGGGAAAGAAACUACUGAGAGUAUGUUCACAUUGCUGAAGAAGAAAUAUCAACUGUUUAAGCAACAUGUGAGUGGAAUGGUUCAGGAAGCCACUACAGCCAUAAACCGUUUGGGAGAGAUCGCUCUGAGGCCAAACCCUCUGUCUGCUCCAGACUACAUUGACAUGAUGAUAGAGUCAGAGAAGAAUCAGAAAAAGGUAGGGUGGAAGCAGAGAGUGAAGGGUCUGGAGGAGCAGAAGCAGAAGGCAGAAAUCCUCAAAAAAGUCGGCUGCGGGAAAAGACUUCUGAUUGAAACUAAUGUAAGUGUGAGAUUUGUUUGUUUCACAUGA